UACGUUUUGAAGAAAAGGAAAGAGUCAAUUUAAAUUUUACUUUAUAUACUGUUUUUUAUACUCAGGGAAGCUUUGUUUUUGUAAUGAGUUCUGUUUUAUAUGCAGUUCUGUUUAUAUAUGUGUUAACAAAUAAGAUCCCUUGAAGUAGAAGUCAAAUUUGUUAAUGUUUAACUUGUUGAUUUUCAGAUUGUCAUUUGAAGAUAGAUGCACUUAUAUUUUAGUAUUUUAAAUCUGCUGACAGCUUGGGUAAUGAUGGCUCAACUCCAGCAAGGAGUCCCUGAUGAAAAAGAAAAGACUACUGCAUUAAAGGGUAUGAAUACUUUUGCCUUCUUUUCACGUAUACAGAAUUUUCAGAAAUAGUUAUUAAUAUUAAGGAAGGGAAAAACUACUCUAAAAUGUAGUGAUAUUGUUUCUUUUUCAGAAGGGCAGUUAAGACAUGCAAAAACUGGGGAACCAUUUGUAUUUAAUUAUCGUGAAGACUUGCAUAGAUGGAACCAGAAGCGCUAUGAAGCUCUUGGAGAGAUUAUUACUAAACAUGUUUAUGGACUACUGGAAAAGGAAUGCCACCUGAAAAAAAUAACUCUCCCAGUUGAUGCUACUGAGAAUGAACCAAAAAGCUUUAUCUUUAUGAGUGAAGAUGCAUUAACAAAUCCUGACAAACUGUUGGUCCUAAUUCAUGGUAAUGGCGUUGUCAGAGCAGGUCAGUGGGCUAGGAGACUUAUCAUUAAUGAAGAUCUGGACAGUGGCACACAGAUACCAUACAUAAAGAAAGCUACUGAGGAAGGCUAUGGAGUAAUAGUACUGAAUCCCAAUGAGAACUAUAUUGAAGUGGAGAAGACAAAAGCCCAAGUACAGCUGUCUUCUGAUAGCUCAGAUGAACCUGCAGAAAAGAGGGAAAGAAAAGAUAAAAUCCAGAAGGAAACAAAGAAACGACGUGACUUCUAUGAGAAGUAUCGAAAUCCACAAAAAGAAAAAGAAACAAUACAGAUGUAUAUUAGAGAUAAUGGAUCUCCGGAAGAACAUGCAGUUUAUGUUUGGGACCAUUUUAUUUCCCAGUCAGCAGCGGAGAACGUGUUUUUUGUUGCUCACAGUUAUGGAGGACUUGCAUUUGUAGAGUUGAUGAUUCAGCGAGAGGCAGAAGUAAAGAAUAAGGUAACUGCUGUGGCGUUGACAGACUCUGUUCACAAUGUGUGGCAUCAAGAAGCCGGCAAAACUAUUCGAGAGUGGAUGCGAGAGAACUGUUGUAACUGGGUGUCCAGCUCUGAGCCACUGGACACGGCUGUGGAGUCCAUGCUGCCUGACUGCCCCCGAGUCUCUGCAGGUACAGAGCGUCAUGAGCUGACUUCCUGGAAGAGUUUUCCAUCCAUUUUCAAGUUCUUCAGCGAAGCAAUGGAGGCAAAGAACAGCUCAGUGAAGCCAGCCCCAAUGCGGCGCUCCAAUAGGAUAAAAUACGAAGAAUUGUGAAAGGAGGAAGGGGGAGAGGUCUCUUCGCUGCUCGCUCUCUGCAAGGAGUCUCCCAGCCCCUCAUUAGAUUGUUUUCUUCCUAGAGCACAGGGUCGUGAUGUAUACAUCUAAAUAACGUUUUGCAUUAUUUCUAGAUGAGUGCAACUGUCAAAGCAAUAUGGGUUCACUGGCUGUGCUUCCUGUGGGCUGUAACUUGGAUUUUGUGCUGCCCAUCAACACACAGAUUAAGGCUGACAGUGGUACUGCACAGUGCAGCAUCGUGCAGCUCUAAUUGCCCUGACAUAGCCCUGCCGGGGCUGUGUUUCUAGAUCUGCUAGUCUUCUCUUUCUCAGUGACCAAGUGGGAUCAGCUCUUCAGUCUUUCAUUUUCUGCUGGUAGGAGGGUCAGAGAAGUUUGGUCCAGAUUUAUGGAAAAGCCUCUUUGUUCUAGAGAUUUUCUCCACCUGCCGGAUCAAUGGCAUUAUCUGUGGAUCUUAUCUUCCUUUUGAAAGCUCCACUUUAAAAAAGUGGCUAUUCAUUAACUGCCUGGAUCACACUGUGAAAUAUGACAAAAAAAGAAAAAGAAAAAAGAAAAAAAGGGAAAAAAA